AUGGUCAAGUCUAACCAGAAGACUAAUAAAGUAGUGAGCGAAAAACUCGAUCCAAAAUCGCUCAAUACUAACCCUCAACGAUCUAAUCCAUAUUCUACAGUUGUCUAUAAUGAUAAUGCACCCAAGGCAUCACCCAAAUCAAAAUGCAGCAUUUCACGCAUCAUUUGCGUACAACUGUGUGUCCUGUUAGGACUGUUGGUGUUAGCAGCAAUCAUCAUUCCUAUUGUCGUGUUAGUAAAAGAUAAUACGUCUCAGACACCAGCGUGCUCGAAAACAUAUUCAGAUACUUUCAUAAAUGGAGUUAGUUCAUCUUCACAGUGUGCAGCAUGGCAAUCCUUUCUUGCUAGCUUGACUUGUACGACCUAUUCAACACUACGAAUCUAUGGUUCGAAUGACCCAGUUGGCAUAGUUCUGAAUGAUCCAAAUGUUGUGACUGCUUUGGCAGUAGCGUUGCGAUAUAACACAUCAAUCAUCGCUCCGUCGAAUGGAGUGAAUUGGAGAGCAUAUCUAUGUAGCGGUGGCAUGGAAAUAACUACGACAGGAUGCUUCUGUUGUUGUAGCGUAGGUUACAUAUUACGACCAUGUUGGAACAGUGGUUAUUGGGGUGGUAUUCUGACAACACCAUGUGUUGGUCCAACGCAAACGUUGUCUAUUCAUUUCGAAUGA